CAAAAAAAAAAAAAAAAAGAAGAGAGGAGGUAAGAGCAAGUGAAAAUGCCAAUGAAGGUUGAAGACAAAUUGGCGAUGAAUCAAAAACAUGAGGACUAAAAAGCUAUUUCAUGACAUUUUAGGAUGUCAAAUAAAACACAACCCAGAUGAGUUAUUCUUGUAGCCUUUAAUGAAAAAAGAAAGCAUUCUUGAAGUCCAGGGUUAUAGCGCUAACAAACAAACAAACAAACUAUGCUAAAAAUGAAACCUUCUUCUUCACAUGUUCCUCCAUGGCUAAUUCGCCUUUGUAAACGCCAUUUAUGCAUUACUUCAACCUCAAACUCACUAACAAAUCAACAAACACAAAUUCUUGAACCUCCCCCCUCAGAUUCUCUUGAAAAACCCAUCUUAAACCCUCAAAUUUCUAAAAAGUAUGUACCUUUUGAUGAUAAUAACCAUUUAAAAGAUCAUGUAGUUGAUGUUCUUUUGAGCUACAGAGAUGACCCUGAUUCAGCUUAUAGGUACUUUCAAACUGCUAGGCAACAAAGGGGAUUUAUACAUGCUAAAUCUGACCCUUUCUUUGUUUUGCUUCACAUAUUAGUAAGUUCUACAAUGCAUCAACAUAAAGCUCGUCGUUUGCUUGAUUAUUAUGCUUCUAGUGACUCUGGUCCAUCUGCUACUCUUGUUUUUAAUGGUUUAGUUGAUUGUGCUAAGAGUUUUGGAUUUGAGUCAAACCCUCGAGUUUUCGACUUUUUGAUAAAUAGUUGUGUGAAAGUUAAUAGAUUGAGUGACGCUAUUGAUUGUUUUAAUGGGAUGGUUGAACAUGAUAUAAUGCUGUGGGUCCCGACUGUGAACAAGCUUUUAAAGGCGUUGGUGAGGCAGGACAUGAUUGGUGUAGCGCGAGAUUUGUAUACUGAUAUAGUGUCUAGAGGGACCCGUUACGAUUCUCGUACUGUGCAUAUUUUGAUGUCUGCUUGUCUCAGGGAAGGGAAAACGGACGAGGCGUUGAAGCUUUUCGAGGAGGCCAAGAAGAGUGGGGUGAUUAAGCUUGACGCGAGAUUGUAUACCCUUUGUGUUUAUGUUGCUUGUAAGGAGGAAAAUCUAAGUUUAGCAUUGGAGUUGUUGGAGGAAAUGAAAGGCAAGGGUUGGGUUCCUUCAGACGGCACGUAUACGAACAUAAUUACGGCUUCUAUAAAACAAGGGAAUAUGGUUGAGGCAUUAAGGCUCAAGGAUGAAAUGCUAAGUAAUGGGCAUCCGAUGAAUUUGGUGGUUGCAACAAGUUUGAUGAAAGGGUAUCAUGUCCAGGGCAAUUUAUCAAGUGCUUUGGAUUUGUUUGACAAAUUGGUCGAGUAUGGACUCACUCCGAACAAGGUGACAUUUGCAGUUUUAAUGGAAGGUUGCUGUAAAAAUGGGAAUAUUGAAAAAGCAGUAGAACUUUACGGGCAAAUGAAACUUGCAGGUAUUAAGUCUAAUGCUUUUGUUGACAAUUCGUUAAUAAAGGGAUUUUUGAGUGCUAACUUGUUAGAUGAAGCAAUGAAUGUGUUUGACGAGGCAAUAAAUUCAGGGACGGCUAAUGUUUUCGUUUACAAUAGUAUAAUAGCCUGGUUCUGUAAGAAGGGUCGAAUGGAUGAAGCUAAAAAAGUAUGGGAUCAGAUGGUUGAUAAUGGAGUUUUACCUACUAUAACUUCGUACAACAAUAUGAUUCUUGGAAAUUGCAGAAAUGGGAAUAUGGACAAAGCAUUGGAUUUGUUCUCUCAGUUGCCGGAAAGGCAUUUGAAAGCUAAUGUUGUAACUUAUAGCAUUUUGAUUGACGGGUAUUUCAGAAAAGGUGACGCUGAUAAAGCUGAGAACUUGUUUGAUCAAAUGGUCUCUUCAGGAAUUGACCCUACUGACUACACAUUCAAUACCAUAAUCAGUGGUAUGUCUAAAGUCGGAAAAACGUCGGAGGCAAAAGAUCUUCUUAAGAAGAUUGUGGCAGUACCAACUUGCAUGUCUUACAAUAGCUUAAUAGAUGGAUUUUUGAAGGAAGAUGAUGUCAGCUCAGCAUUAGCUGUUUAUAGAGAGAUGUGUGAUAGUGGGAUUUCCCCAGAUGUUGUCACUUACACAACUUUGAUUGAUGGGUUAUGCAAAAGCAAUAACAUUGAUCUAGCUUUAAAAAUGCUGAAUGAGAUGAGAAAUAGAGAAAUUAAGUUGGAUGUCAUUGCAUAUGCUGUUCUUAUAGAUGGAUUUUGCAAAAGAAGAGAUAUGAAAAAUGCUUCUGAACUUUUUGAUGAAAUCCGUCAAGUUGGUCUCUCUCCUAACCUAUUUGUCUAUAACAGCAUGAUAAGUGGUUUUAGAAAUGUAAAUAAUAUGGAAGCAGCACUAGUCUUGCAUGAGAGGAUGAUCAAUGAAGGCAUUCCAUGUGAUUUGGAAACAUACACCACAUUGAUUGAUGGGCUUUUGAAGGAUGGAAAAAUAGUUGUGGCGUCUGAUUUGUACACUGAGAUGAUUGGAAAGGGUAUAAUGCCUGAUGACAUCACAUAUACUGUUCUUGUACACGGUCUUUGCAAUAAAGGUCAGGUUGAGAAUGCGCACAAGGUCUUAGAGGAGAUGUAUAAAAAGAAUAAGACUCCUAGUGUUCUGAUUUAUAAUACACUAAUUGCUGGACACUUCAAGGAGGGAAAUUUAGAAGAGGCAUUUAGGUUGCAUGAUGAGAUGCUUGACAAAGGUCUUAAGCCCGAGGAUGCGACUAUUGAUAUUCUAUGUGGAAAGUUAAAAGGAAAUAGUUUGGCUCAUGGUAUUCCAAUGCCGCAAUGAACCAGAUACCCUCCAGUAAUUUGUUGACGAGAUAUAUUGGCUUUCAUUCUUGUCACAUGUCUCUGCUGUCUGCAAGAAUCAUUGGCAUGGAUAGAGUAAGUUGAUAAGUCCUUCCCAUUACCAAAAGUUUUAAAUGCAAGGAAAUCAUCUACAGGUUGACAAGCUUGAAGCAGCUCAUCCCAGUACUCUGGCUGCUGCAGCUGUUCCUUUUCCACUGUUCUUUCAGUCCGUCCCAGUAAAGGGCCAGGGGUCCGAAGAAGCUGACUGUUGAAUUCAGGUUGACAGCUUUAAUGCUUGGGAUCCAAAUUCCAAUGAAGUGCUUUCGCUUCGUCCCCUCGAAGCUGUUCUUGCUGUGUUAGGCGUUACUCAUCUUACUCCAAAUAUAUUGAGGAAUAGAUACCUACAGUUCUGAGGCCAUUUUGCAGUGUAGGAACAAAUGAUUGCUAUCUUAAGCCACCAUUGUAUAGAGGUAUCUGAAGAGUCUCAAAGAGGCAGCACAGGAAAACUAGAUAAGUACUACAGCGAAACAAUUACUUGGAUCUCUUGAAAUCUUGAAAGCAGACUGUAGAGACUUCCACCAAAUUUAUGCUUGCAAAGCAAAUUUGGUAAUUGUUCCAGGGAUGCAUAUCACGGUUUUGCUUCUCAUGUAUCACAACUGGACUUGUGAACAUCACUGCUUGACGCUUAACUGUAUGUCCUUUGUGGAAACUAUUUAUGAGAAAAUAUGCAAGUGGUAUUCUGUCAAAUGUCCAAGGGAGAACAAGUUGUGUGCAAAACAUGUAAACUGAGGUUUAAAUCAUUAGUGUGGGAUUCUGUAAACAGCUAGACUUUGUUUUGGACCUGAAAUGUCGCUCUCCAAAUUACUUUAUCGAAAAAGAAAAGAAGUGAGAGAAGAUGAAGAAUGAAACUUGUACAGCUUUUCUUUGUCUAUUGGAUAAAAUGUUCAGUUUGUUU